AUGGCUCCUGGGACCAAAGGAGAUUCACGUGAUUCCACACUGCCUCUGUCAAAUACACCAAGUACUGAAGGUGAUGCCAUCAAGGUCUAUGUAAGAGUACGUCCCCCUUCAGAGGGAGCUGCAUUAGCUGAUGGGGAUCAAGGCUUGUGCUUAUCAGUUCUUUCAUCAAACACUCUUCGUCUACAUUCAAAGCCUGAGCCCAAGAUCUUCACUUUUGAUCAUGUUGCAAAUAUGGACACAACCCAGGAGGCAGUGUUUUCAAGUGUAGCCAAAAACAUUGUUGAAUCUUGUAUGAAUGGUUACAAUGGAACCAUCUUUGCAUAUGGCCAAACUGGAUCAGGGAAAACUUUUACUAUGAUGGGGCCAUCUGACUCUGAUAAUUUCACACAUAACCUGAGAGGAGUUAUUCCUCGGAGCUUUGAAUAUCUCUUUUUUCUAAUCGAACGUGAAAAAGAAAAGGCUGGUACUGGUAAGAGUUUUCUCUGUAAGUGCUCGUUUAUUGAAAUCUACAAUGAACAGAUAUUUGACUUGCUGGAUUCUGCUUCAGCUGGACUCUUUCUCAGGGAACAUAUCAAGAAGGGAGUCUUUGUCGUCGGUGCAGUGGAGCAGGUGUUAACCUCCGCUGCUGAAGCAUAUCAGGUGUUAACUAUGGGCUGGAGAAAUCGCCGUGUAGCAUCUACCUCAAUGAAUAGAGAAUCCUCAAGAUCGCAUGCGGUCUUCACUAUUACUGUAGAUUCAAUGGAGAAGAACAGUGAGGUUGUUAACAUCCGAUCCUCCCAGCUGAACUUGGUGGAUUUGGCAGGGUCUGAGAGACAAAAAGAUACCCAUACUGAAGGAGUCAGGUUAAAGGAGGCAGGUAACAUAAACCGGUCAUUAAGCUGCCUGGGCCAAGUGAUCACAGCGCUUGUUGAUGUGGGUAAUGGAAAACAAAGACACAUUUGCUACAGGGACUCAAAGCUCACUUUUCUGCUACGGGAUUCUCUUGGAGGUAAUGCAAAAACAUGCAUAAUUGCAAAUGUUCAUCCUGGAUCUAGAUGUUUUGGUGAAACUCUGUCCACCCUUAAUUUUGCUCAACGAGCAAAGUUGAUUAAAAACAAGGCUGUGAUAAACGAAGACACGCAAGGGAAUGUGAGCCAGCUCCAAGCUGAAGUGAAGAAAUUGAAAGAGCAGCUUGCUCAACUUACUUUAGGGCAGUCUACUCAGGAUAUUUCUAUUUCAAGAGGUCAGGAAAAUACAAAUUACAUGAACUGCUUUCUUGAGGCAAUGCUGUUCUUGGAGAAAUCUGAAAGUGAAAAGAAGACUUUGUUAGAAAAAGUUGCUCAACUAGAAGAUCUUUGUGGCAAAAAGGAGAAAUUCAUUCAGUCCAAUAAAAUGAUAGUUAAAUUCCGGGAGGACCAUAUAGUGCGCCUGGAGAGAUUACACAAAGAAGCUCGUGGCAGUUUAGUGCCCAAAGAGCAGGAUGAUCUCAUCAAUGAACUGAGAGAGGAAUUGCGGACACUGAGAGAACAGAUGGAACAACAUCCACGAAUUGCUAAGUAUGCCAUGGAGAAUCACAGCCUCAGAGAGGAGAACAAACGACUUCGUUCCUUACAGUCAGUGAAAAGGGCUCAAGAACUUGAUGCUCAGACCAUUGCAGAACUAGAAAAAGCUUUCUUGGAGGCUUCAGCCACAGAGAAAAAUAAUGGAGGUCAUCAAUUGUAUUCCACCACUACAUCAACAGAAAGCAAUUCGUUGGUGUCUUUUGAAAGGUUGAAAGCACGCCUGCUGCAUACUCAGAGUGAACUGGAAAGUUCAAAACAAGAAUAUGAAGAAUUUAAAGAGCUAACCAAGAAACGGCAUCUGGAAAUUGAGUCAGAACUUCAGUCCCUUCAGAAAGCAAACCAGCAUCUUGAAAAUAUUUUGGAGGCAACCAAGGCACACAAACGUCAUGAAGUCUCUCAACUGAAUAAAAUGCACAGAGAAACUAUUAAGAGCAUGACUACUCCGACAAAGGCUUACCAACUAAGGUCUCGUCUGGUGCCACGAAUAAGCCCUGAAAUCUUUGUCUGUGAUUCCAUGGAUAUUCAGAGUUCUGGGGAGGUGGUGGAUAAUAUUUUCAAUGAGCCAGUUCCUCCGGAGAUGAAUGAACAAGCUUAUGAGGCCAUUGCUGAGGAGCUCAGAAUGGUGCAGGAACAACUGAGCACUCUUCAAAUCAAGCUGGAUGAGGAAGAAAGUAAGAACAUAAAACUUCAGCAACAUAUUGAUAAACUGGAGCAUCAUUCUGCACAAAUGCAGGAGCUAUUCUCAUCAGAAAGAAGUAACUGGAAUAAAGAACAGCAGGAGCUUCUUGGACAGAUAACAUUUCUCAAAACACAACUUCAAGACACUCAAAGCAAGACUGAUAUAUUAAAAAGUGAAGUCCAUGACUUACGUAUUGUCCUGCAGUCUGCAGACAAGGAGCUGUCUGUUGUAAAGAUGGAGUAUAACACCUUCAGAGAAAAUCAAGAGAAGGAAAUGAGUCAACUCUCUAUGAGACAUAUGGAUGUACAACUCCAACUGGAUAAUGUUAGGCUAGAACAUGAAAAGAUUCUUGAAGGAAAAACAAGUCUGCAGGAUGACUAUGACAAUUUACAGGAAGUAAUGAAGUUUGAAACAGAUCAGCUGAAGCAACAGCUUGAAGACAACAAACAAGAAAGUGAAGCACUGAAAACCGAGCUUCAUAAUCUUUUGGAACUUUUGGAAACAGAAAAAGGACGUAAUCAAAAACUAACAAUGCAAUUACAAGAAGACAAAGAAAAUAAUUCAAAAGAACUCUUGAAAGUACUUGAAAAUGUACAGCUGGAAAAACAGUCCUCUGAAAUGGUGACACGAUGUGAGCAGCAGGAAGCAAAGUUGCAAAAAUUAGAACAGAAUCUGGCUGCUGCCGAAGAGGUUAUUGCUUCUCUGGAGAAGACGAACACUGCUGACAAGGAGGUUGUAUCUGACUUGAUGAGCCAGAUCCAGGAGCUUAGGACAUCUAUUAGUCACAAGACAGAAUCCAUUGAUGGACUGACAAGAGAGCUGGAGGACGUAAAUUGGAAGUAUAAUUCUGCCCUGGCUGCAAAAGACAAAAACAAAGCAAUCAUAGAGGAUCAGGAAAGGCAGAUUGAGGAGCUGAGAGAAGCCUUGGAGAGAAAACAGGCAGCUGAUAAAGUUAAUAUAGAGCUCCUGUAUGAAGACCUGAACCAUACCACUGAGCAGCUAAGCAAGUUAACAGAGGCUUCUAAAAAACAUGCAGUAUUGCUUCAGUGUGCACAAGAAGACUUAGUAAAGAAAGAAGCUUUAAUUCAGGAACUUAAGGAACAGCUGGACAAAAAAACAGAAGAACUGGAAAAGAGGAAAAGUGACUAUGAAUUAAAAAUGCAACAAUUAGACUGUUUUGUGGACUCUGCUGCAAUAGCGCUGCCACAGAGUCCAAAAACUCCCCCUAAUUUUGGUGUAAAUCUGGCAAAAUUCCUGGAAACUCAGGAGCAGGAAAUAGCAGAUCGGAGAGCUUCUGCAAUUACUCUGGAACAUCUUGUAUCUGAAUUAAGUGAAGAAAGAACAGCUAAAAAUGAUGAAAUCCUAAGGCUAAAGGGACUGUUAUGUGAACUGGAAAACCUGCGCCUGGAAAUGCAGAUAUUAACAGAGAAUAAUAGGAACCUACAGAGCCAGCUUGAAGAGUAUCAGAGAGAAAGGAAGAACCGUGGUCACAAGCACUCUGACAUUCAGCACCUAAAAGAGAGAGAGAAGGAAAUUGCUGAAGAGAGACUAGCAAAGAAUAAAGCGAUGGAAGAAAUACUGAAAAUUAGAUCAGAAUUAGCAGAGACCAAAAAUGCCCUUAAGAGCACAGAGAGUGGCUAUCUUGAAAUGACCAUGGAAAUAGAACGAACAAGAGCUUUGGAGUCAAAAACAUUCCAGGAAAAAGAAGAAAUGAGAUCAAAACUGGAAGAAACCUGUGAAGAGAGAGACAAAAUUAAAAAGGAGAUGGACUUGCUAAGGAAGCAAGUAGAGUUUCUCUCUGUGGAGAACGGGAAGUUAGUAGGUCACCAAAACCUAAACCAGAAGAUUCAGUAUCUUGUGAAACUGAAGAAAGAUUAUGCCAAACUUACUAAGGAGGUUGAAAAACUGCGUGUUGAAAAUAUCUUUUUGAAGGAAAUUAAAAAAUCUGAAUCAUGUCAAGAAUCUUGA